UUCCUCUUAUAUAGGAAGUAAUGUCAGCUUCAACACCUCAAAAUCCUCUGAGAGAUGGAUUUCCACAAGCAGUACCUUGAUUUGAUCUUGGUCCCAGGUGGGUUGCUGAUCAUAUUUGCCUAUCAUAUUUUUCUUCUUUACAAACACCUCAAUGAUUCUGACUCUACAGUCAUUGGCCUAGAGAACAAAGACAAGAAAGAAUGGGUUCAAUCAGUUGUGGCUGAUGAAAAUGCUUAUGAUAGAGCUGUAAAUGUGAUCUCAAGCAACACAACAGCAGCAACUUACUUGGCAACAAUCUCUCUAACUCUCUGUUCUCUUAUUGGAACCUGGCUUGGAAGUAGUUCAGCCAAUAAUAUGCUUCAAAGCAUAAGCAUUUAUGGUGAUACAAGUCCACUCACCAUUUUUCUCAAGGACGUAAGCCUCCUCGCCUGUUUACUUGUUGCUUUUUCAGGCUUCGUUCAGGCUGCAAGGCAUUUAGUUCAUGCAAACUAUCUAAUUAGCUCACCAGACAGCAAAACACAUGUGAAGAAGUUGCAGUUUGCACUCACAAAAGGGGGUGAUUUUUGGUUAUUUGGGAUUAGAGCUCUUUAUUUUGCUCUUAUUAUGGUCCUUUGGUUUUUGGGUCCAAUACCCAUGUUUGUUUCCUCUAUUCUCAUGGUAAUAGUCCUGUAUUACCAUGACAUUUACACUGUUACAUUGCACAAUAUCUAUUUGGAGGCAGAUACUCAAAAGGGUAAGAUACCAAAGGUCCAAGGCAGAUUAAUUUAGCUAUUGAGAAUCAUCCCAAUAAAUUUUCAUUCUAGAUGCACAAUUCUUCCCAUUUCAAGUCUAUUGUAAAUGUAAUUAUUCAUAUUUGAGGAAGAAAAAUGUGGAAUAAAAUGAUCUCAUUUUCCUGA